AUGUUAAUCAAAGAAAGCGUACCUCAAAAGACAAUAGCACCAAAUUUACUACAAUUAAAAUCAAUCGCUGAUCAGAAUUUUUACUUAAAUUUGUCUACCAUGGCAAUAUCAGUAAAUCCAGAGCUUAUCAUUUUACCUCGUGGUGGUAUCUUGGCUGAAAAUAUGGGAUUAGGUAAAACACUAAUCUGUUUAAGUUUAAUUUGUUUAACAAAAUUUGAAAUUGCAAAAAAGCCAACGGAUACAUUAUUAUAUGAUACUGAAGAUAAAUCAUUAGUUUUAAAAUCAUUAACUGAAAUUUGUCGUGAUGUUAUAUCAGAUAAUUCUUUACCUUGGAAACAAUAUAAUCAAAAUUUACCUGAAUCAGUGGUAAAACUAUUAUCAAAAAGUCCUGGAAAGUUUCAUGUUGUGAUAGAUGAUAAACCAAAAUCAAAAAGAAAUAUAGAGGAUCAUCACUCGAACUCAAGGAUGCUUUAUAUGUGUAGUACAACAUUGAUAGUAGUACCAGAUAAUUUAUUUUCACAAUGGAGUGCAGAAAUGAAGAAACAUUUGAAACAAGACUAUUUGAAAAUAUUAUUCAUAUCUCCAUAUUUCAAAUCUGAUAUAAACGAGACUUACAAUCAAUAUACAAGUAAUUUUCUAACUGCAUUAGAAAUGACCCAGUUUGAUGCUGUUUUAUUAUCAAAUCAAAGUUUAAAAAAACUGAUGAAUCUAGAACACCAAAAUCCAUUAAAUCAAGUUUAUUGGAAAAGAAUAAUUAUAGAUGAAGGUCAUUCCAUGAAUUCUAAGACUUCCAAAAUUGCUCAAUUAAGUAAAUCAUUAUAUGCUGAAAGAAAAUGGGCAGUUACAGGUACUCCAACAUCAGGAUUAACAAGAUUAGAUAUGGAUGAAGAAAAUGAAGUACAAGGUAGUCAAAAACCGCUGAAGAAUAAAUAUAUGGUAAAGACUAAAUUUGAUGAAAAGGCAGAUUUAAUCAAAUUGGGAACUAUAUUUAGUAAUUUUUUAAAUAUUGAACCAUUUUCUUCACAGCCUAAAACUUGGUCAUCACAGAUAAUUAAGCCUUUAAUUGAUGAAGUCUAUGGAUCGACAAUAACACUAUCAAAUUUACUAAAUUCAAUAAUGGUUCGUCAUAAUUUGAAUGAAGUGGAAAAAGAUUUAAAACUACCUAAAUUACAUCAUGAGAUUGUUGUUUUAAAACCAUCAUAUCAAAAUUCGUUAUCUAUAAAUUUAUUCAAUGCUUUAUUGGCUGUGAAUGCAGUUACUUCAGAAAGAACAGAUAUUGAUUAUAUGUUUCAUCCAAAUAAUAGAUUACAAUUAAGACAAUUGAUCUCAAAUCUACAAAGAGCUACAUUUUAUUGGACUGGUUUUACAACUGAAGAAAUUAAAAGUUUGAUAAAUAUAUGUAACAAUUGUUUAAGUAAGAAGAAGUAUAGUGAUAAUGAUACUAGAUUAUUACAUGAAUCAAUUGAUGUUGCUCAAUUAGCUUUGGGGAAUAGACAAUGGAGAGUGUCCUCAAUGUUACAUGAGAUGAAUUAUUAUGUUGAUGGAUUACCUAAAAGUUUUGUUAAUCUGUUUGGAAUUGGUUCUUCAAAUGAUAUUGGAAUAUUUGGUGCUCCACAUUUAAAUGCCUUACAAGAAUUUCUUUACCGAAAUAGAUUUAUUGACUUUGAUGAUAAGGAGAAAGUUUCAAAUAAACUUGAGGAAUCAUCUAGCAAAUUUUGGGAUCGAUUUUGGAAAGAGAAUAAUGAUAAGAAACAUAAUGAAAAAUUUGGUAAACAAUCAAAUGAAAUAAGUGUUGAAAAUAGUAUGAAAAAUUCAGAUAUAUAUUCACCAAAAAGUAAGAAGAGGAACAAUAGUGUAUUAUCAAGGGAAGAAGUACAUAAAAUGAUAAAUUAUGGGAUUGAAUCAAUUGAUAAGAAGAAUACAUUUGACAUAAUCAAAAAAGCAAGAAUUUUAGGCACUGCAUCUUCUAAAUUAUCAUAUCUAUCAUCUAAACUAUUAGAUCAUCAACGUGACAAAAUUAAAUCAAUCGUGUUUUUUGAAUUUGAAGAUUCGGCAUAUUAUUUAUCCGAAUUACUUGAUGUUUUGGGUGUUAAUUAUUUAUUAUAUGCUACAUUUAUAAAUUCAACAGCAAGAGCUAAAAAUUUAUCUGAAUUUACAAAUUAUGUCAGUGAUGAAUUAGGUGGAAUUACGUUAAUUAUGGAUAUUAGAUUGGCUGCUCAUGGAUUGACUAUUGUAUCAGCAACAAGAGUUUAUUUUAUGUCACCAGUGUGGCAACAAUCGGUAGAAGCUCAAGCUAUAAAAAGAGCUCAUAGAAUUGGUCAAACAAAGGAAGUAUUUGUUGAAACUUUAUUAUUGGCAAACACAUUAGAGGAAGAAAUUUAUAAGAGAAGGGCAAAUCAGAAAGAAUCAAAUAGUGAAACUAACUUACAGAAAUAUGCAAUUGAUGAUUUAGGUAUUCAACAUUAUAUACUACAACAUAGUUUUUUAAAUUUGAAGAAUAUGGGUGAUUACGCACCUUUUGUAUCUACUAGUUCAAGUCAUAAUGAAAAGGAAACUGCAGAGCAGUUUAAUUUAUUAAGGCAUGAGAGUGUCCGUUUUGAGAAUAAUGGUAAAUCAUAUAAGGAAUGGAUUAUUUAUUUAUUUAAUAGAGAGAAUUUAGCAAAGUUUAAUAAUUUGAAAACUGACAAGUUGAGAGAUAAAGAAAACGAACAAGAAUUUGUUGAUAGUUUAACUACAGAUAGAAAACCGGAUGUUGAAUUAAUUGAAAAGAAGAGGAAAUCGACGUUUGCUAAUCAAUCUACUAAGAAGAAAGUAAGGUUUUGA